AUGGUGUUCGAACAAUUGACCACCUACUUGAUCGAUAAAUUUUUGGGAGAUUAUAUUGAAGAUUUAGAUUCAAAACAACUCAAAAUUGAUUUAUGGCAUGGCGAUGUUGUUCUCGAAAAUUUGUCUCUGAAACCUAACGCACUCGCCAAUUUCAAUCUUCCUGUUACAGUUGCUGUUGGUCAUCUUCAAAAAUUGUCGCUUCACAUUCCAUGGAAGCAAUUGUACACACAUCCAACCAAGAUCACCAUCGACGGUCUCUAUCUGCUUCUCACACCAAAAACUGAUAUCGAAUAUGAUCCUGAACGAGAAGAACAAAAACGGUAUGAAGAAAAAAUGGAAGAAGUACACAAAGUUGAACAGUUUCGCAAAGAAAUUGAAGCAUAUGAAAAAAACAAAACGGUCUCGAAGCGCAAAGAUACAUUUAUGGAACGGUUACAAUUGCAUAUUCUUCGUAAUCUGAUAUUGUCAAUUAGCAAUAUUCAUAUUGCUUAUGAGGAUAAAACAACAAAACCUGAUCAUCCAUUUUCAUUUGGUAUUACGCUUAAUUACACAACAAAUACUGAAUGGGAGCCUAUGGUAUCGAAAGAAGAAUCACCAAUUGUGUACAAAUUAGGAGAACUGAAUGCGUUGUCCAUUUAUUGGAAUUCUGACAUCAAAUCUCGAUCAGAACUAUCACAAGAGAAUAUUGUCGACAUAUUACAAGCAAAAAUUGUCAAAAACGAGCAAACAUCAAAUUCCAUGACUUACAUUCUUCAACCAUUAAAUAUAAAUAUUAAAUUAAAAAUGGCUACAACACCUCGUGAACAAGAUUACGUACGACCGGUAUUCGAUGCUAAAAUCGAUGUGCAUCGUAUUAAUCUAAAUAUCAAUCGCAAUCAGUAUUGUGAUCUACUUGAUCUAUUCGAAUUUCAAGAUCAUCUCAAUUCACAAUCGAAAUUCAUUAAAUAUUAUGCAAUGAUCGAAAAUGACGCUACGGAUAAGCCAAGUUUACGACGAUGGAAGUUUGCCUAUACUGUUAUUUUGAAUGAAGAAGUCCGACCACGACUCGCUUCAUACAAAUGGGAAAAUAUCAAAGCCAAUCGAGACCGAUUUCGUGAGUAUCACGAACUUUACUAUCAGGAAUUGACUGGUAAUGCAAGCAAAACGCAAAAGCAACUUGCCGAAGAACUAGAAAAAAAGAUCGAUGUAUUCAAUUUGAUUUUUAUUCGUCGAACUGUUGAAAUUGAGAUUAAAAAGAAGAAAGCAGAACAAAAACAAAAGAGUUGGUUGGACAAAAUGACCAGUUGGUGGAGUAGUGAUUCAGACGACGAGAAUUCAGAAUUCAAUAUUGACGGUGCAACAGCAGCUGAAGAAAAGAAAAAACUAUACGAUGCUAUUGGUUAUGCAGAAGAUGAUGGAUCAUUAGCUUAUCCAGAAGAAUAUGUUGACAUUGAUCUGUCAAUUCGAUUGACUAUGCUCGAAAUCAACGUCUGGUCGAAUAUCAAUGAAAAAAAUCUACAUUUUAUAAUCGAUUUGCACUCAUUCGAAGUGUUUGGUGUUGGUACCGAUACGAGCCAAAUAAAGACGGCGAAUGUCUAUCGACCUGUUCUUGCUAAACCAGCAGAUCAAAUACAAUUAGCACAAAAACAUCUAUUACAUAUUGAAUAUGAAACUAAUCCAUUGGAUAGACCAUCUGAAAAUCGUAUACAAGUCUUAUUACAGUCGCUCGAAAUUACUUAUGAUGCGUUGACUAUCAACAAACUUGUUGAAUUUUUUCAACCUGAUAGGAAGCGUGAUUUGCAAAGCAUAAAAGAAAUUGCUUAUUCGACAUUCAAUGAUAUUAAAUAUCGUACACGUUUUCUUUUUAAUCAUUAUUUGAAAAAUAUUCAAGCAUCAGAUAUUGAUAUUGAUCUUCAAUCAUCUUUUUUUCUCUUACCAGAAGAUGGUGUUUAUCGACGUGAUUGUCACAUGCUUAGCUUGGAUUUUGGUCAUUUUACAUUUAAAGGUGGUCCUAGUUACAAUGACGAAGAAAUAGAAAUAGGAAAAACAUAUGAGAACAUUAUAAAUAUUGAUGAUCCGCACAAAUCAUCAUACUUUCCAUUAAAACUCAGAUUGGAGAACAUCCGAUUACUCUAUAUCGAUCCAAACGACGAUUGGCAAGAUGUACGCACUCAACACGAUUCUUCAAUGAAUAUAAUCAAGCCAAUCACAGUCUUUGUCAAUAUACACAAAUAUAUUUACUCGGAAAAUAGUGUAUUACCGACUUGGAAACUCGAUGUACAAGUUUCAGCUAUCGAUGCUCGAGUGUCUGAUGCACAUAUUUUCGGAAUUAUCCAACUAUUUCAAUCCAUUCAAUUUCCUGAAUUGAAAGAAGAAUCAGUUGAAACUGAAACAUUUGUGGAGGUAGUAAAAGAACAACAUCGUUUACCUCAUAAAACAACGGCAAAGAAACGAGUUGCAUCAAAACCGAAGCGUAAAAAUAUCGUAAAGAGUGAUUCGACAUCAGUAAUGCCGACAUUUCAAAUCGAAGUUGAUUUGAAAGGAUUACGUGCGAUAAUUGGAUUCGAACUCUUCCAAGUACUUGAUAUUCAAAGUCAAGGUUUUCGUGCUCAUAUAUUGAAUUCAACUGAAAAAACAUCGGCUUAUUUAGUCUUUACUGAUUUGUAUGUCUUCGAUCCUAAUCCAAAAGCACGCUAUCGUCAUAUUAUCUCGCAGCAAGGUAUUGAUAAGCAAUUGUUACGUAUUGAUUUUACUCGGCUCAAUUAUCCGAAAAAUGACGAGAAAACACUCAACGAUAUCGAUUGUGAUGUCAAAAUACAAUUGACUAAACUACAUAUGGUCCUUCUCUACAAACAUAUGGACCUCAUUUUGAACUUGCUCAAUGCAUUCCAAACGAAAAAAACUGAACAUGAUGUUUCUUCAAAUCAGCCAAGUACUGUCUUUGAAACUAUGGAAUAUUUUCAAAAACAAGCACGUAAACUUCGUCUCGAUGUCAUGCUCAAUGCACCGAGUAUACUCAUUCCAACAAGUUCCUAUUCGAACGAAGGACUUUUUAUUGAUUUGGGUCAAUUGACAAUGCAGACGAAAUUUACUGAUGAUCCAAAUCGUUCACUUGUCGAGCAACAAGUAAUAGUCAUGAAUAAUUUACUUGCAAGUCGAGUUAAACUUGGCAAAACCAAUGAAAUUUUCGGUAGCAUCAGUCUACUUGAAUGUUCAGAACUUAGUGCAUUGAUUGACCGUCUGUUAUAUCCGGAAAAGGUUCAACAUGAACCAGAAAUUUCUAUUGUAGUCAAUUGGGAUAGUAUUCAAUUUACAUUAGCAAAAGAUGAUUAUGCAACUUUGAUGAAAAUAUUUAAGAAAAAUUUUUCGGAGAAGUUUUACCACAAGAUAUCGAAGCCUGCUGUUCAAGAGCAGUAUGAGUACAGACGAAUGAGUCAAAGCGGAGUGAUUGUCACAAAGAAAAAAGAAGAUAAUAUAAAUCGUAAUAAGAUCUCGAAAAAAAUUCAUUUCAAUGCUGAAAUAAAAAAGAUUGCUAUAACACUCUAUCUUGAUGAAUCAAACGUAAUCACUCGACACGAAUCGCGUAAUGAAAAUUCAAAAUUUUUCGAUUUACAACUUAAAAUGCUCAAAGCUCAGUUUCGACAAUUGUCUGAUUCGAGUUAUGCUGGUCAAGCACAAAUACAAGAACUCAUAUUGGAUGAUCUACGCGUUACAAAUAGAUCCAAUAAAGUUACACACAUGAUCAAUCGAAGUUUUAAUGUCGAUCCAAAUGUACCAAUGUUCACAGUUACUCUCGAAUAUAAAACAAAUAAUAAACAAAAUUCUAUGGGUGUUCGACAAACUGUAUCCAAGACUGAUGGUUCUCUUCAUACUAAAGUUAAAAUCAUUAUCAAAACUCCGAAAAUUAUUUUACUCGAAGAUCAAUAUAAUAAAAAUUCGAACUGUUUUGUACUCGAUUUUGCCUCUAAGAUACAUAUAGAUAUGGUAAAUGAUUAUAUGACAAUGUAUGGUCUGCUAAAAGAUUUGACUAUUUAUGGUUCAAAUUUUGCUGCAUUGAAAAAUUCGAAAAUCGAAUAUCGCGUUUUACAACCGGUUGAUAUCGAUCUUAUUUUAAUUUUGGACUUGGAACAGCAACAUAUCAAUGUACGCAUCGGGGAUAUUGGUAUUCAAAUCCCGCCGGCGGCAGUUCAUACAGUUCUUAAUAUGAUAAACUCAAUGGGUGAACUUCAAACUACUGCUCGAAAUGAAACGGAAAAAAUCAAUUCGAAAGGAAUUUUUGAUCCAAAACCAUUCAAAGAUGCAAGUUUUUGGUUUAUCAAAGAUUACGAAAUGAAACAGGAAUUCAUCGAACAGAGGGAUGUUUUGGAAUUAACUACUGGCACUCCUUCACAUAAAAAAGCUACUAUUGAAGAAGCAAACAAACGAAAGGAAAUCGAAGAGCAAUUUCAAACUCGAAAUAUUCGCUCACAACACCUUAUUUUGAAUUUGAAUAUGAUCGAAAUUAAACUUGAACUUGGUACAGGUUCAGCAACUAAACCAGUGAUAGCUAUGUGUCUUUCGAAUCUAUUUGUUGGCGUGAAAAAUUGGUCGAGUGAUAUAAGUAUUUCUUCUCAAAUCCAUAUUGAAUUAGCAUUAUUCAAUGAUAAUUUACUUUCGUGGGAGCCAUUGAUUGAACCAGUUAUCGAUAAGAGUGGUGAGGUUGUCUGUCCAUGGUGUAUUACAUGUUCAACUUCAAUACAUGAAGACGAAGAAGAAGUAGUAGAAAAUGACGACGAGUCGCGAUUCUUGCUCGAUGAGCCGAAUUCACCAAUAAAUACUGUAAAAUACAAAGAUGGUACAAAGAUUUUGGAUGCUAAACAUGUUAUUUAUAUUCGAGCUGAUCAUCCACUCAACAUCACUGUGACAAAGACAAUGUUGAAUCUUGCUCAACGUCUUUCAACUACGUUUAAAGAUGCUUAUAAUAAACGGCUACUUUCGGAUGAAGAUGAUGAUAAAUCAUUGUUAUCAAUACACAACAUGACGGGAUAUGAUGUUUACAUUGAGAACAUAACCGGUGUUAAGUUUCUCGACGAUAAGAAAUUCGAUACUCCAAUCCAUCUCAAACAUCUUGAUUCAAUUCCAUUGACAGUACCUGGUGAACGAUUAUCGGCAACACAUAUUCCGGCUAUAUCCGAACAAAUGAUUAAUAGAAAACAAGAAUUUUCUGUUAAAAUUCCAUGCUAUAACAAUGCUAAAUGGAUAUCGGAACCGAUUGACUUGAAAAUUAAAAGCAACAAUAGUCAAAACGACUAUCCUGUCAUAUUUUUUAAUGUGAACACGCAAGAAAAAUUGAAAUUGCUCUUGCGUGUGCAAACAUAUCGAGAAUCUUAUCGUGCUUCAUUGUAUUCUCCGUAUUGGAUUGUCAAUUGCACUGAUUUGAAGUUUGAAUUCAAGGUCGAAGGUGAAAAGACACUGAUCGAGGUUGUUGAUCUACCAUUUUACGUAUGUCCGAGUAAUUUUGACAAAAAGAAAAAAAAAGGUCAGAUACGUCUUUUCAGCCUGGAAGAAGAUGCUACACUGUCAGAAUGGUCUGAAAGCUUUUCACUUGACGUAAUCAAAAGUACAGGAAUAGCUGCCUGCAAAGUAUCCAAUGAUAGAACCUAUAUGGUCUGUAUUGAUAUUGUGACUUCUUCAUUUGGUAUGACGAAAAUUCUUACGUUGGCACCAUCUACCAUUGCCAUCAAUAAAUCAACCAUUGAAAUUGAAGUUGCUGAAACAUUAUCGCAAACAGAAGAAGAAUAUUGGAGAUCGGUAAACCCCGAAGGGAUUAUUCCAUUUUGGCCACGUAAUAUGCAAGAUGGCGUCAUGCGUGUUCGUUAUACACAUAAUCGAAUAUCAUCGACUGCAUUUGUAUUCAAUCAAAAACAUCGAACAUUGCUGCGUAUGGAUGACGAAGAGCGUCCGGCACUUCAAGUUGAAAUUAUUGCGACUGAUUUCGAUGGGUUUCGUAUCGUUUUUGGCGAUUACACGAUCGGCGAUUCGCCUGUUUUAUUAGUCAACUGUUUGAAACAUCUGCCAAUUGCAUUGAGUCAAGCAGAAGAUGUAAGAACGCAAGUCCUGCGACCACUACAUUAUGUCUAUUAUACAUGGAUUGAUCCGUUGAAACCACAAGCAUUAGUCAUUGCAUGUCUUGAUCACAAUGCAUCAAUCGAACUUAACGUUGCAGCAGCGCCUACAAUUAAUAUGGACUCAGAUCUAAAACGUAUUCAUAAGCCACUUCAAGCGAUUACUGAAGCUCAAUCAAGUAGUCAACCGGCUGAGCCCAAACUGUACUUUGACAAUAUGCAUUUGUCUCCGCUCAAGAUUCACGGUGCUAUGGAAGGUCCAGUAGAAUUCAUCGAAGGAAUAGCAAUUGGCACUCAAAAUUUGGUUGCUUCCGCCGUUGGUGGAGUUGCUGGAGCUACUUCGAAGAUUACCGGUGUGGCUAGCAAAGGUUUGGCAACGUUAACAUUCGAUGAAGAUUACGAAAAGGCUCGAAUAGCACGUAAAGAAGUGUCUGGACAUAGAGUAUCUGAUGUAGUUUUAAGCGGAAAGAAUGUCGGCAAGGAUAUUGUGCAUGGUAUUACAGGUGUAGUGAAGAAACCGAUGGCCGGUGCUAAAGAAACAGGUGCACGAGGUUUUGUAAAAGGUUUAGGUAAAGGUUUUCUCGGACUUAUCGCGCGACCGGCAAGUGGUAUUGCUGAUUUUGCUAGUACUUCAUUGGAUUUGAUCAAACGAAUCGCUGUGCAUGAAGAAGUUGUUCAUCGCGUUCGAAGUCCACGUCACGUUGGUCGAGAUGGCAUUGUUCGACCUUCUACUGCUCAUGAAAGAAGAGGAUUUUAUAUUUUGCAUAUACUUGACAAUGAAAAACAUACCAAAUCCGACAGCUAUAUUGCACACAUUGAUUGCUCUGAAGAUCCACCCACUUGGCUUAUGGCUACUUCUCAACGAUUGUUGUUUUUAACUGGAACAUCCACCUCGUCCAAUGUCUAUAAAGUUGAAUGGGAUUGCCACUACAAAGAAUUGAAAGAACCACCUGUUGUUAAAUUCCAACCAAACGAAAUUCAAAUUGUUUUUAAAGAGCCAAAACUGCUUGGACUAAUCAAGAAAGACGAACCGCAUGAAGAAACGGUUCCCUAUCGAAAUACUGGCGAGGCUCGAUAUAUCGUCGACAAAAUUACCCAGGUGAUGCGUGCAAUGGAACUUUAA